GAACACAAGCUGCAGGACAUCAAUGUUGCCGAGCUGGAACCGAAAGUGCUCCAGAUUUUCAACAGGGCUUGUUUCGGGGAACACCGUGCUGCCUGGGCGGUCUCGACUGCUCGCAAAGGCUAUUCUGGAGUUUGUGCAAUCUUUCGUGACUCUGCUGGUGGAGGUGUUAGUAACACGACUGCCGGGGAAAUUGACCAAGUGGAUGCAGCGGAAGGGCGCAGUGUGCGCUUAGAUUUGGAAUGCGGCCUGAUUGUCAUUGGAAUGUAUGUGCCAAACUCUGGGCAAAAAUUGGCACGCCUGGAUUACCGAGUCAAUGUCUGGGAUAUGAAGCUGCGGUCCUACCUGCGAGAUUUGGAUAGGAAGGCUGGACGUCGAGGCGGCUUGGUGAUUUGCGGAGACUUCAAUGUUGCACACCAGGAUAUUGACAUAUGGAACCCUGAAGCACACCAAAUUAAACGACAAGCCGGAACAACGGCCCCAGAGCGUGAGAGCUUUGCGAAUCUACUCAAAGAGUUAGACUUGGUUGAUGCUUUCCGUCACGGCAAUCCAGAAGCCCGUGAAGUUUACACAUACUGGAGUUCAAGAAUCUUGGCCGAGCAUUUGGAAUCCUUAUUUUGCCUUUUUGGGGAGGGAGUGAGUGAGGCACUUCCCGGCCGCACUAGUCUGCAUGGAACCAUUAACAGAAGCAUGGUGGCAUGCCUAUCGCAUUGGACCCUGCCCCUUCUUUGUUGCAUAGGAUAG